CGGAAAAUGUCAGAGUGAUAAGGAAAAAUUCCAUAUAAAGUGCUCAUUUUCUUCGCAGCAGAAAUUUUCCACACAUUUUCCGUGUCAUUUUACACAUCUUAGUGCUCAAAGAGCAUAAAUUAGUGAAGAUUAGCAUACAAAUUAGUGAUCCCUCGUAGUUGGCAUCCGAAAUGUUGGAUGAAUACCAAGAUGAUUACUUUUUAGAAGAAGAUAAGAUGUAAAGACACAACAAAAGUGCUCUUUUCACAAAGUGAAAUCGCAUGAAAAAGCCUGUUUUGUUCUUUUUAGUGUCUUUACUUUUCUUAAGUUCAGUUUUUUUUGCAGUUUUUUGUUCAAUUAUGUGGCCCUAUGAGUAUCAAAUGUUACCAAUAAGCUAUAGUUAUACCCUCGAAGAGGAUAGAAAGUAACACUUUUGAUUUAUUGAUUUUUUUUAGCUGCAAUUUUUUAUUCUUUGUAAACAGCUGUUAGGGUUUUCUAUGCACUUUUCCACCUGCUUAGGAGCUUUAUUGUAAUGUUUGUUAUUUUAUGUGAAUGUACAUAAUUUUUUCUUGCAUGCAAUUCACCGGUGAAAGAUCUUUUUUGCAUAUCACACCUCCAAGUUCAAGUCCGCCCAAAGAUCCCUCCAUGGAGUCCGAAAAAGAGCCCGAAAAUGUUUUGAAUGAUCCGGAUAAUGUUGAUGUUGUCGGUUGUCCUAUUUUAAGUGCUGACCAAUCCAAUGCCAUUCUCCAAAAUCAAGAAAUUCAACGACUGGGAAUGACGGUUACAUCGGGGACUAUUCUGAUCAAGAAGGACACAAGUAACCUCAUUGGCAUCUCUAUAGGAGGUGGAGGACCUCUAUGUCCCUGUUUAUAUAUCGUUCAGGUCUUCGAUGGAACUCCAGCGUCUCGUGAAGGAACUCUUCAAAGUGGAGAUGAGCUCCUGGGAGUCAAUGGGCAAUCUGUCAAAGGAAAAACCAAAGUGGAAGUCGCCAAGAUGAUACAAUCAGCAGCUGAAGAAGUCACCAUCCACUACAACAAACUCCACGCAGAUCCAGCUCAAGGGGAAUCCCUGGAUAUUGUGCUGAAGAAAGUAAAGCAUCGUCUGGUCGAGGGAAUGUCCAGUAGUACAGCAGACACUCUAGGACUCUCCCGCGCUAUCCUCUGCAAUGAUUCCCUUGUUAAGCGCCUUCAAGAACUCCAAGCUACCGAAGCAAUGUACAAAGGUCUUGUGGAGCAUGCUAAGAGGAUGCUGAAGGCCCACUUCGACCUUCUGCAGACGUACCAUCAGUUUGGAUGUGUUUUUGCAGCGAUCAGUGUAAGGGAACCUCAAGCAAGAGCCUCAGAAGCAUUCAGACUCUUUGGAGAAAUGCACCGAAAUAUGGAGAAGGAUGGUGUAAAGAUGCUAAAAGCCCUAAAACCCGUUCUAGCAGACGUUGGAACCUACCUCCAUAAAGCCAUUCCAGACACAAAGCUCACAAUAAGACGCUAUGCAGACGCCAAGUUCACCUACCUAUCCUACUGUUUAAAAGUCAAGGAAAUGGAUGACGAAGAACAUAGUUAUGCAGCCCUCCAGGAACCCCUGUAUCGCGUGGAAACUGGAAAUUACGAGUACCGAUUGAUACUGCGCUGUCGCCAGGAAGCUCGUGCUCGAUUUGCUCGACUUCGCAGUGAUGUUUUGGAAAAAAUGGAACUGCUGGAGAGCAAACAUGCCAGAGACCUCACAGGACAACUGAAACGCUUCAUCGAAGGACUUGCAACUCUCGCCAAAGACACCACAGAACGCCUCCAAGUGCAUGCUAAUCUCUUCCCUGUGGAAGUUGACCUGAAACCCAGUGCAUUUCAAUACAAAACUCCCAAUUGGGUAAAUGAUUCACCUCCGGAAGAAGAAGAAGCCACAGAAGCUGCUGAAAAUCCUACUUUGGAUUCUAUGAUCCUCAAUCUCGACACACCAUCAGCAGAGGAAAAUGACUUGCUAAUGGAGCUGGGACUAAAUGACAUUGAUCUUAGCCAGAGUGUCAAUGAAAAUUCCCAGACAACGCCCAUGACACCACUUUUGGCCAAAAAUUCUGUGGAUGAUCUUCUAGCACCUGAUCUCAUAAAUUAGGGAAGCAAUUGACAUGAAUCUUUAAGCUCCACCCAUAUUGAUUUAAGCCACGCCUAUUGUUGUAACAGAACGGUUGAUAAGGUCAUUAUACCAAGCCCAAAAAAUCA